AAAAGUUUUGGUUUUGCUUUGGUUCUUAGUGGCAGCUGAGAUGGGAGCCUGCAUGGCUGUCAGCACUUUCUCCAACAGCUCCGCGGAGGACAUCAUGGCGGCCUCACCUCACGGUCUGAAGUGGUUCCAGAUGUAUUUCAUGCCCAACAAAGUCUUCACACAGCAUCUGAUUCAGAAGGUGGAGAGGGCGGGAUACAAGGCCUUAGUCGUCACUGUCGACCUUCCCAUAGUGGGAAAGCGGUACUCUGACAUCAGGAACAAGUUUCAGCUCCCUUCACAUGUGACUGUGCCCAACCUUCUAGCACUGAAGGACGGUUCAGAACAGGACAGUGCAAAGGAUGGGCGGAACUAUGGGAUGGGCGGCAGCCCUCAGGACCCCGCCUUCUCCUGGAAGGACAUUGAUUGGCUGAGCUCCAUCACCAAACUGCCAAUCAUACUGAAGGGAAUCCUGACAGCAGAGGAUGCUGGGAUAGCCCUGGACCACCCAGGUGUAAAGGGGAUUCUUGUGUCCAAUCACGGAGGGAGACAACUGGAUGGAGUUCCAGCUACUAUUGAGGCACUUCCAGAAAUAGUCCGCGCAGUUGGAGACAAGUUAGAAGUGUACCUGGACGGAGGCGUGCGGACGGGAACUGACGCGCUGAAGGCGCUGGCACUCGGAGCGCGGGCAGUCUUCCUGGGCAGGCCUGUCAUAUGGGGACUUACCUUCAAUGGAGAAGAGGGUGUGAGACAAGUUAUGAAAAUUCUGAGGGAUGAGUUGGACCUCGCCAUGGCACUUUCUGGCUGCUGUUCUUUGGGUGACAUUCAACCGACUUUGGUAGUGCGAGAGGAUGCCUAUAGUAAACUGUGAUGUGCAAUGGGCAUACAGGAUGAAGAAACAUUGUCAAUUUCUGUUUUUACAUUUCAAAUUUAGUUUUUAGAAUUAGGAGAUGUAUCAGAAUGGUAAUUGCUGCUGUAUCAAUAAACUGCUAUCAAGCAAGCUUAAAAAUUAUUAGUCUUAUGAACUGAAGUUAUUUUAGAAACUUGGUUGCUAUGUGAAUUAUUGCAGAAUGGAAUUUGUGGUCAAAUAUGGUAGUAGUCCGGAAAUCAGAGUUAAAUGUAAAUGUUCUAGGUGUGGCAAGUCCUCCGCUAUGAGAUAAGGCCAUGUUGACUUGAUUACAUGGAUGGCAUCCUCUGGGAACCCUAAAACUGAGCGUGCGAAUAAAAAUCUUGGCCAAA